UGUAAUAGCCUACUGUCAGUUAGUUUCUGAUUCAAACUUCACAGAGCGAAAAGUUUAAUGCUUAUCGCUUAAUGAUCUUCAUGUAUUGACGUGCGACAUCAGUCGUGUGUUCCCUAUGUUGCUUUCACGUAACCAGGAAAAGUUAUUAGAAAUGUAUAAAGUUAUCUAACUGAUAGUGAUUCUAGUAGAUUUAAAUUUGUUUUACUCUGUCUUUUUGCUUUACACAAGUUUGUUUAAUUACAAUGGAUAACUUGGUAAAUUCAACAAUAACUGCUAUGGAUGUUAAAGAAAACCUGAGUGGAAGUUCUAAUGCUACGAUGCCAGUAAUGCCAGACUAUAUAUCAGUAACUUCUACAUUGCUAUAUGUGAUUAUCUUCAUUGUUGGUAUAAUAGGAAAUGGCUUAGUGAUAACAGUAGUUUGUAUUAAUAAGGAUAUGCGAAAUUCAACCAACACAUUUUUGGUUAAUUUGGCCGUGGCAGAUUUGUUGGUGAUUCUGAUAUGUAUGCCGCCAGCUUUGGCAGAAAUCUUUUCCAAGGAUCAGUGGUUCUUUGGUGAAAUUAUGUGUAAACUUGUGCCAUUUUUAGAAGGAACGGCAUCGAAUGCUUCUGUUAUUGCCAUGCUUAUAAUUGGUAUAGAACGAUUUCAAGCUAUCUGCUUUCCAUUGAAACUCAGAAACAACAAAUUAUUCAGCAAAACGACCAAGCUUGUGACCAUAGUUGGAUUGUGGGUAUUCUCCAUGUUGUCUAGUGCACCGUUCCUGAUUAUCGCUGUCUACCGUGACUCUAGAUAUAAAGAUGGAACACCCAUCAAAGUGUGUCGUCUCAAUAUGGUGGAACCCUGGGAAAAAUAUUUUAUAUUAGGAACCUUCAUCGUUUUUUUUAUUAUGCCUUUCCUUAUUCUGGCCAUUUUGUAUAUUAUAUUGGGAAAAACAAUCGCCGUGGAGCACAAUGUCUUUAAAGAUGACACAAAUGGCAGAAAUCAGAAGAAAAGGGUCAACACUACUCGACAGGUGGUUGUCAUGGUUUCAAUCGUAACCAUUCUUUUCUUCAUCUGUAAUUUGCCUUAUAGAGUGUUCAGUUUGUGGGUGAUGUAUGCUCCGCGGGGAGCGAUCCAGCGAUUAGGUUUUGAGAGCUACUGGAGUCUACUUUGUUUUGGUCGAAUCAUGCUGUACACAAAUAGCUGCAUCAAUCCUGUUAUAUACAAUAUGGUAUCGACUAAAUUCAGACGAGCGUUCAACAGUUACUUGUUUCGACGGCGGAAUACCUACCAUUCGGAAGCUGGCACGACCUUCAAUUAUUACCCCACAGGAACCACAAUAAUGUUAAAGAAACGAUCAUUUAGUGUUCAGUAAUGAGAGAAAACCAGAUUUGUGUGAUCGAAGUGGCAUUAAUUUUCUAUGAUGAAAUAUGACUAAAAUACAUUUAUUGUGUAUAUUUUUCUAAGUAUUCAUCACAAUAAAGAUGUAAAAAAACAUUUCAACAGGUGCAUUUUGGUAUCGGGAUCUCCUUUCUGAUCAAUUGUGUUUAUGUAAACAUUCUUCGAAUUCCUAUUUAUGGUCUAUAGAAACUGUUUUGAUAUUGAACAUUGAAGGAACAGCGAGAGUUACGACUUCCAGCCAAGAUAAUAAAAAAAAAGUUAGACUAAUAACAGGAAGUGUCCGUCUAGUUAAGAAUACCACAGCUGUAAUUACAAAUUAAGCAUUGUGGUCUUAAUGUGUGUCGUCUAUUGAUGUCGACUGAAAUAGACUUCAAAUUGGAUUCUAAAUAAAUCUAUAGAUAAGAAAAAAAACGGUCGUUAAUAGAGGCAAAUCUUCGCUUGAACUUGUUUGCGAUAUCACUUGGUGUGAAACCGGACAUUAACCCCUCGUUUAGUAGUAGUAAUAGUCGUAAAAGUACUGGUGGUUUUGCUUUUCAAUAUCAUAUCUUGGCACCACAGGUAUUUUGUGUCUGUUCUAUCUAGCCCUUUUCAACUUUCGCCAAAUAAAAAACAAUUGGCUAGGUUUUAAUAUGAAUAAACGAGAGAAAAUAAAAUAAAGUGAACAACAAUCUAUAUUGUGUUUCUGGAUACAUGUUUUAUUGUAUCAGAGUGGACAAUUUACUGUGAUGUAUCGUUUCUUUUGGCAUUUGUUACAUUCCAUAAUUUGUAUCGUUAACAAUUGGUCGUGUUUAUGUCUGCUAUAAAAUACAUGUAAAUACAUUCCAAAUUCAAUGUCUUUAAUAUAGUUAAACAAUUUUCAAGAGCUGGGAUGAAUAUAUUGUUUAGACCAUCAACUAAAAGCAUCGAAACUCAAUUCAAACAUUUGCCAAGCUUUCGAUGACUUUAUUUCAAUAUCUGGUUUAAUUGGCAAAACAUACAACUGGUGAUAUUUAGAAGUACACGUACCUUUAGAAGUUCAUAAAGAUAUGGUUUAUAUGUGCAGUGCAAUGCUUUAGUCCAUGCUAGGUCAAAGACCUGACAUUUCAGGAACACUAUUCAAGCACGAUGUGACCGCGAAAGGUCAUCUAAGGGUAUUUCAAAAAUACGUCUUUUGCUUUAAACAAUUCUACUUGCUUUUGUCCACAUUUGUAUCUACUGUUUUCGUAGUCCCGUCAUCAUCUAUAGUUGCUCAAAAUAGUAUAUUAUUAUCAAAGUUUUAUAUCAUAAUAAAAUGACGUUAAAUAAAUAGUUUUCAUUUCUAA